UUUGGUCACAACGUCACAUCCGACUCAAAAAACGGCGCGCGGAGUGUUUGUCCACAAUUAGGAUAACUAUCUGCCCUCUUUUCGUCCUUUUUAGUCGUUAACUUAGAAUAUAAUGGUGGCGUUAAGACAGGCUAACUCGUAGGGGACGUUCGGGUCAUUUCUGUGCCUUUGAACAGAAGACACCGUCUUGCAUUUAUGACAGCUGUCCUGACCUGCCCCGCUGACUGCUAUCGCCAUGUCCCAGACCAACAUUUCUCUCCUGGACGAGGUGGUGCAGUGGAGCCAGCAAACCUGCCGUCAGGAGCUCAAGUCUGUCCUGCCAAAACUCACUUCUUUGCAGCACAAAUCUGAGACCUGGGAUGAUCAUAUACGUAUACUGAAGAUAAUUACAGACAUGUUCCUUCCACAUGUUGAUUUGUCGGAGCUGGAAGACGAGUGCUUCUCCAAGAUCUUACCAAAGGCUGGGACAGUGUUUGAGAGCAUGAUAAAAGAGAUCUCCGACCAAAUUGGAGGGCUGUCCAGUCAAAACAGCGAACUGUGUGCCAUACUAAGGAACAUUCUUCAGGCAAUGACGCAGAUAAUUGAUGCACUAUCCAUUUGCGUGCGUCAUGUUAGCUCAUUCGAGGAAGCUCCUGAUCUGGAUGCUAUCCGCUCGUUACCUACUUGUAUCCUGAAAGUCCUGAGGGAAACCUUUCAGCACUGCAAGGAGAGUGAGAUGAUUUACUUUGGCCGCCUGUCACUGGUGGCUGACCUGCUGCAGGGACUCUUCAAGGAGGCAUAUUCCCUUCAAAAGGGUCUAUUGGAGCUGUUGGACAGGAUCUCCCUCGACAGCAGUGCUUCAGAGGAGGAGGUCUCUGAUAUUGUUACAGUCAUUCACAGCCUGCUGGAUAUCUGCUCUAUUAUCUCCAACCUGGACAUAGCACUGCAUGCAAACACAUGGAAAUUCCUCAUCAAACAAAGCCUGAAGUACCAGUCAUUGGUGGAGGAACGUCUGCACCACGGUGACAUCAGUACCAGCCUGUGUGAAAACCUGUUGUCCUCCUUCCACAAUUGCGUGGACCUGGCUGAACAGAUAAAACAUGCUGGUCUGCAGGAGGAAACACAAAGCACAGAAUACAAGUUGUUCCAGAAAACUGCAAAAAUGUGCAGAUUUUUUGCGAACACAUUGGUUCAUUACAUAAAGGAAUUCAAAUUUUUCCUCACAAAGUAUUGUAGCUGCUUUCACCAACUCCACCUCCAGAUCAUCAGUAAGUUCCCUCCCAGCUUAUGUGCUCCAACCCUGCCCACGGCUCUGUCUGAGGAGUUGAAUGCAGCGGCUCUGGUUCCCAUGGACGCCCUCCUGCUCCAGCUGUUGCCUUUAAGGCCCUUCGCUGAGGUUGUCCUCCAGCAGGACCUGCGGUUAAGUCCUGAACAUGAGCUUCCUCAGUGUCUUUUGCUGGUGAGCGUCUUGGGUCAGCUGGCCACCCAACCAGAGGAGGUGCUGCAGCUUUGGUACACUGGCAGCCAGUUUUCAGAAGAGACACCCAGGCUAACUCUCUACAAGGCCUUGUUCACUAGUUUCCGUUGUUGCUAUACUGAGCGUAAGGUACCAGUGCUAUUGCCAGGGGUAAUGAUGAAGGGUCAAGCCCAGAUCCUCGUCACUCUGCACCACCACAUCUGUGUGCAACUCUGUGCCAAUGUGGCUGCGCUUCCCCCGGUGUACUUCCCUGUGCUGGAGUGUUGUUUGAUUGAUGCUGUCCUGCAGGCUGAUACACAGACAGCUUUACUGGCAACAGAUGUAUGGUGCUUCACAGCACGGUAUGGGACAGCAGAACUUUGUCUACAUCAUGUCCUCCUCAUUGCUCAGCUGGUGAAAACUUGCACCACUGAGUGUUACCAGUUGUUCCACAUGGGCCUGCUGCUGAAACGCAUGGUUUUCCUUAUGACACCAAACCACCAGAUGGAGCUGGUGAGGCGUUUCCCACCCUCUGAGGUUGAAAACCUUCCAGUGUGGCGUCAUAUUCUCCUCAGAGCUCUUUCACAAGAUGUUUGUCACCGUGUAGAGGCAGAAAUCAUUGGCAUUACUCAAAAAGCUCUGACCAACUGGCAAAAUGGCGGGUGCAAACUGGGACAAAUAGACAAAGUGAAUGUGGUGCUGUUAUCCCUCCUAGUGGUGGUUCGAGGGCAAUCAUCUCCAGCGGAACAGUGUGUGUUGUCUGCAGUGAGGAUAGUCUCACAGCUCUGGUUACGCAUGAGUUCAGAUCAGGUGCAGACCCACCCCGUGCUCCAGUGUACUCUGCAGCUGCUCCUGUCCAUAUCAGCCUUAUUAGUGAAAAGCAUCGAACCUAAAGUCAUUUGUCAGGCUCUCUUGUGUGUGGAUGCUGUGUUGUCUCAGAAGUGUGCAGAUCAGCUGCUGCUGGCCACUCUGGAGUUCCUGGCCUCCCUGGGGAAGAUCUUUGUCCCCCCUGACAGCCAGAGUCAAAUUCUGCCAAGGCUGAGUAGCCUGUUUGGAGUCCUGCUGGCUCACAGAUCCUGGCUGCUACAUCAGCACGCCCUGGAGGCCUUUUCUCAUUUUGCAGAGGUUACAAACCACGAGGAAGUCAUUUCCCAGAGUUUGUGUGUAGAAGAAACCAAGACCAAAGUGGUGAAUUAUCUUAGUAAGACUGUGAAUGCACAGGAAGAUGCGGAGUCAAGGCUACAGAGGCUCAAGAUGGAGACACCAGAGAUUGAGCAACACAAUAACAAGCUGGAAAACACCGAACAAAAUGUUUCUAACAAACAGGCUGCAGAAGUGGUUGCAGAUUCAGAGCCCAGCCCAAAGAGAGCUCGGCAGGAGACCAGUGCAGAGGAAGAGUUCAGAUGCUACAUCCAGACAGCUGAGAGUGCUUUAAAAGCCCUUCAGGGUCUCACUGAGGGCAAAGCAAACACAACUGAACCACCAAAGUGGCUGAAAUCCAGACUGCAGGAGCUGCAGACCCUCAUAACCCACAUCAGUACAGCCAGAGACACAAUCUAAGAACUCCAGUUUGUUUUCCAGCUCCACAUUAUUUACUUUCUGUAUCGAAAAACUAUUUAAUCAGUCUGGGCUUGUGGAAGUCUGUAUUACAUGUUGCUGCUACUGAAAAUGGUUUCUCUUUUUAAAAAUGUCAGUCUUGAUUUAUGCAACCGUUUAAUAAACUUCUUGGAAUAGA